CAGCAGUUGCAAGUUCCGCUGUUUUUAUUUUGUUUGUUAUACUCUAGCUGCAUUUCAAUUAUGAAUUAGCAAUUUUCCGCAAUAUUAUAUUUUUAAAAUUAAUUUGCUUGUUGAAAUUAAAAAAUAGAAUGAGUGAUUUUAUUUAUUACUGCUUUCUAAUUCCUAUCACUUUUCCAGUCGUUAUGUUUUUCAUCUUUUUUGCUUGGAUGGGGUUUCAACUGUUUAUAAAUAACUGAAUUAUGGUAAACGAAUAAAAAAGAGAAAAUUUAAAUUUAUCACUCGAUAAUGGCUACUUCGGUGUCAUUUGAAAACUUACCACAUCUUUCGGUGGGUUCAAUAACAAGGAUGCUAAAUGAAGAACUAGUUGAUCGAGCAAUCUUACAAAUACUUGGCUACAAAAGAGUACCUGGUUCUAAUUCCAAUCGUUUUAGACUUCUGUUGAACGAUGGUGAAACGUUAUUUCCAUUUGCCUUACUUGCAACGCAAUUGAAUCAUUUGAUUGAAAUGAAGAAACUCGAAAAAUUUACGAUUUUAAAGCUGAAUAAAUAUGUUUGUCAUCCUAUUGUAUCAAACAAAAAAGUUAUUAUAUGCCUUGAAGUUGAGCCUCUUAUACCAGGAUCAGUUGUCAACUAUCAGAUUUUUGCAACCCAAGAAACUACUUCUGUUGAAGAUACUGAAAAUGCAUGUAAGGCGGAAAGUAUUCAAAAUAUUUUACCUGUAGUUGACAACUAUCAUUCACCUAAAAAAAAUUCUUCAACUAUUCAUAAUAUUAUUUUAAAUUCUAUUACUAAUCAACCAAGUAUAUCUAAUGCUUCAUUAAAUUCUGAACAUUCUUCAAAAAACAAUGUUAUAUAUGUGAAUAAUCAAUCUAAUAAUUCUAGUUUUAACCACAAUUGGGAUACCCAAGCCUCCACAAAUGCUGGAAAUGCAAACCAGUCGAAUAUAAUACCUAUUGCAAGUUUAUCACCAUAUCAAAAUAAGUGGACUAUUAAAGCCCGAAUUAUUUAUAAAACAUCUAUUAAAAGUUAUAAUAAUGCCAAAGGUUCUGGAAAAUUUUUUUCUUUUUAUUUAUUAGAUGAAACUGGUGAAAUAAGAGUCACUGCCUUUAAUGACUUAGCAGAAUCAUUAUUGAUUUUUCUGGUGUUAAAUAAUGUGUAUUAUGUUUCUAAUGCUAAAGUGCAGCGAGCAAAAGAUAACUCUGCUGUAAAAAACGAUUUUGAAAUUGUAGUGAAUACUAAUACAAAUAUUGAACUAGCAAGUGAUAUAUCUUCAGUACCAUGCAUGAAAUUUGAUUUUGUGCCUAUUUCCCAAAUACAUCUGCUUCCAAAAGAUUCUUAUGUUGAUAUAAUUGGUGUGUGUUGUUAUGUUUCAGAAAUGACUACUAUUGUUACAAAAACAAAUAAGGAAGUAUAUAAACUUGACUUGCUGUUAUUAGAUUUUGACAAACAACCCAUGACACUUUCUUUAUGGGGUUCUGAUGCUGAAGACUAUAAAUGUGGGGAUAAUCAUGUAAUAGUUGUCCGAAGAGCCAAAGUGACAAGUUUCAAAGGCUGUUCUUUAACUGUUUCACCUGAUAGUAUGUUUUUCAUUGAUCCACCUAUAAAAGAAGCAUCUGCUCUAAAGUCGUGGUACGAACAUUUAGGUGAUACGUUUGAUAUUAAAUUAGGUACUUCUGAUGCUUUUAAGGAAUGGAAUUCUCAACCAUGGAAGAUUUGUUCAGAAAUCAAUGCUAUAAAUUUUGAAGAUUCAGAUCGAGCAGAGUAUUUUACCAUCAAAGCUACUAUAACAGAAGUGCAAAAAGAAAAAUGCAUGUACCAAUCUUGUCCAAUAUCAGAUUGUUACAAAAAAGUUGUUGAUCUUGGCAAUGGUUUUUAUAAAUGUGCAAAGUGUGAUAAAGAAUAUGAUUCAUUUAAAUGGUUGCUUUUACUGUCUUUUAAUUUAGCAGAUUUUUCUGAUAGCUUAUGGGCAGUAGCUUUCAGAGAAAUUGCUGAAAUAAUCAUAGGAUAUAAAGUUGAUUUUCUAAGCAAUGCAAAAGAGCAUGAUGAAAAUAAGUAUUUAAAUAUCUUAUCCAAUUUGCAUUUCCAGUCAUUUAUAUUCAAAUUACGCUCCAAAAUGGAGAUUUUCAAUGAAACUUCUCGUUUAAAAACUACUGUUCUAGAUGCUAGACCUGUUGAUCCUAUAUUUCAUGCAAGAAGGUUAUUGCAUGAUAUUAAUCGAAUGGAAAAAAUUCUAAGAGUGAAUUAAUUACAAAGUAAUUGAAAUAAAAUAAUUAUAAAUUAAUAUAUAUAUUUACAGUGUAAAGUAAAUUUUCUUACACUUGACUUUCUAGAUCUGUAUUUUAAUGUUUUUUUUUCUUUUUAAAUGCUUUUAAAUUACUUGUACCACAAAAUUAGAAGACUACUAAAUUAAUUUUUUUUUCUCAAUAAAAGUGGAAUUUUUUAUGUAAUGAAAUUUUGGUUAAACUUUAUUAGUAUAUUUUAAACAAGACCAGAAUAAAACUAAUGAAGCAGGUUUUUUUUCCCUGAAAGACCUUAUUCUACACCUUAAACAAUGUCAUAGAUCUAUUAUUACCAAUUUUUA